AUGCAGUUCUCCGCUGUCUUCGUCGCCCUCGCCGCUUUGGCCUCUGUUGCCAUUGCUAGCCCCGCCGGGGUCGUCAACACCCAGGGAGUCGCGAGCUCCAUCGUCUCCGACGCCGAGAUGGCGCACUUCCUCGCCACCACCGACGCCGAGCUGACCUUCAUCGGCGAGCCGUUCAACCCGCUCGCCAAGCGCGCCGCGCAGGCGACCACGGUCACCUUCUGCACCAAGCGCAUCGGCAACAUCUGCGGCGGCACCUGCACGGUGUACAACGGAGGCGCCACCUGUCUCGACGCCGCGAACACGACCUGCAUGUCCGCCACCCAGGACGUCGGUUUCUGCGACGAGCUCGGCUGCGACGGGAACUGCAACACGAUGUCGCAGUGCGGUACUCCGAUGGGCAACGGCUUCUGCUUCACCCCCGACACCCAGUCCAUCCUGGUCUCCUCUCUCUAG